GGCAGAGGCAAGACGAAGAUGAAGAAGCAGCAGAAGCAGCAGAAGAAGAAGAAGAAGAAGAAGAAGAAGACAAGAGCAGAAGAAUGGGUGGGCUGUAAUGGCAGAAUAAAUUUGUUGGAAAAGGGCCUAACUUGAGGAGAACCUUCGGGGGCCUCCCCCCGCCACCCCCACCCAUCCCCACUAAAUUAUACAGUCUCUCUCUCCUGUCUCUCUCUCUCCAAUUGUCCCUUUCCUUUUCCAUCUAUGGUUUUUUGAGUGGAGAGAGGUCAACAAUUAGUAGAACAAAAAUACAGUUGGCCGCCUUACACAAUCUUGUACAUUAUAUAUAUAUAUAUAUACAUCUCUAUCUCUCUCAUCUCCCUCUCUCUCUGCUUUUUCCCAUCCGUUCUUUUGAGGGAAUCGAUGAUAAAUGAUGAUCCUUCUUCUUCUUCUUCGUCGUCGUCUUCUUAUAUAAACACACUGAAACCUGCUGCACUCUUCUGAUUUCAGUACUUUCCCCUCUUUUACACACAAUUGUUUGUAUGUAUUGUAUCCAUCCUCAUCCUCCAUUCUUAACCCUAGGUCACAAAUUAAAUCCCUCCGAAUUUCUUGAUUCUUCCUUCUGCAAUUGCUUCUGAACUCCUUUUCCCGUCAAUGGAGGAUACAAGCCCAGCUGGAGACUGCACAGAUUGAUUCGUUGGUGUGCUGCUGCUGGGAGAUUUGGAGUCGUUAGAUUUUGAUUUGAUUUUUGUUCUUUUGGGCUCGAUUUCAGUGUUCCCUCUUUCUCUCUCCACCUUCUCUGUCUUUGUCUCUCUCUUUUCUGGUAGAUCUGUCAGGGAUUCAGUUAGAGAUUGACGAGUUCGAUCGAGGAAUUAUAGAAUAGAAUCAUGAAUUUCAUGUCAGGUAGGUCAGGGUUUUGUGAAGACUUAACUACCUCUACAUCACCCAUCGUCCCAUCUUCUUCCCCAAAAUUCAAUUUCAGAGCCGCCGGAGAAGCCACUGCAUCCGCCGGUCCGCCGCCGGAAGAGGACUCCGAUGAUCACAUGCGAGGAGAAGAAGGAGGCGGCGACAGCACCGGCACCGGAGCUGCUUCCGCCGCCGCCGCCGUCGAGAAGGAGCACAUGUUCGACAAAGUUGUGACUCCGAGCGACGUCGGAAAGCUUAAUCGACUGGUCAUCCCUAAGCAGCACGCCGAGAAGUAUUUCCCCCUGGAUUCGUCGUCGAAUGAGAAAGGUCUCCUCCUGAAUUUCGAGGACCGGAACGGGAAGCCAUGGCGGUUCCGGUACUCCUACUGGAACAGCAGCCAAAGCUACGUGAUGACCAAAGGCUGGAGCCGUUUCGUCAAGGAGAAGAAGCUCGACGCCGGCGACGUCGUCUCCUUCCAGCGCGGCGUCGGCGAUUUGGCAAAGGACCGCCUCUUCAUCGACUGGCGCCACCGCCCCGACAUCCCGGAAAUCCCGCCGCCCCUCUCCAUCCCCAACCAAUUCUCCUUCCACCGCUCCUCGAUUCACCCCUGGAGCCCCCUAUUUCUCCCUCCGCCGCCGCCGCCGCGAGACUACCCCCCUUUCUUCCAACCCGCCGCCGCCGCCGCCGCCUUCACAACCACCAAUCAAUCCCGUUACCACCACCACCACCACCACAACCACCAGGGCCUCACCAAUUACCCUCCCAAUUACGGCUACACCACCACCAUCGUCAACGGAAACCCUUGCUCGCCGGCGCCGGCGUCAAUAAUGUACUUGAGAUCCAAUUCCAGUCCCAGCCCCGCCGGCGCCCCCACAACAGAAGGAGUCCUCCCCCUCCCCCUCCCGGCGGCGCCGAGAGCCAGGGAGCAAAUGGUGUUCAACGCAGUGCCGGUGGUCCAAGGAAAGGCUGCAGCAAAGCGACUUAGGCUGUUCGGCGUGAACAUGGACUGUCCAAUUUCUGACUCGUCAGAUAAUGGAUGUGAUAUACUGGUCUCCUCCACCACCGUCACUCAGCCGCCUCUCCUCCACUUUCCCCCUUCUAAUUCCGCAAUUAAUAACCAGAUCAGGCCUAAUCGCAGCAGCGAAGAAGACGAUGAAGACAAAGGCAAGGGUUCCAUGUCUCUCGAUUUGGACAUAUGAUCUACGCACAGAUCCAAGAAAAACACCAUCAAAAUCUGCAAUCAAUCCAACAUAGAGGUAACAACUAAUUCAUCACUUCAAUCGGCUGCAAAUCCAUCCAUCCAUCAACAUGUUGCCCUCUUUCAUCGGAAUCCUGAUCAGAUGUUUAGAAUUAAUGGUGUUUCUUAAUUUUGACUAGUACAUGUACAAUUAUCGACACAAUACUUGCCAUAUUACGUUUAUAUUGAUAGAGAUGAUAAGACAAUUCUUUUUGUUCAUCCCAAUCCCAUAUUAAUUCUAUACAUAUAUUUUAUGCUUAAUCCUCUUACAAUGCUGUAGUUCAUCUUGGAUCCGAUUCGAUCCAAUACACAGAUGCCGAAUCCCAGCAAAAGUCUCAUGGUUGUUGAAUUCUUGUUGCUCUUACAAUGGACACGCCGGCGGUACAAAACCAGGAUUGUUGGGGAGCUUUAAAGGUUUCAGUUAAUUCAUCCCAACGGCAUGUGUUCCAACCAAUGGGCUGCUGACAGAUGGUUCUCAAGGAAAAAGAAAGAAAAAAAAGAAAGGUGACAAACUAUAUAAAGGGUGGAUUGAAUGCCUCUAGAUUCAUCACAAUAAAGAUUGUUGGAGCUUAGCAAUAAACUGACACCCCAUGGAUUCGAAAAUUUUAUUAGGGCAUCUAUCUUUUACUUUUAGAUUUGUCAAGGGAUCUAUAUAUAUAUGAAGCAAUAUUGGAAUUGCUCACUUAUGAAAAACUUUUCCUAAUUGUUUCUUGGCCUAUAUGUAUUGUGCCAGAAUCAGGUAGGAUUUAUAUUGGUAAUAUUAUGAUCCAAUCUAUUGGAAUGUAAUAUUAUUGAAAAGCUUGUCUGAUUGAACUGGUUAUGGUUGAUGAGCCAUGUUGCCAUAAGAAUUGAUUUAUGUGGUGCAUAUCUAGAAAAUUGAUCAAGAAUAUCUUGUCAUUAUUAUAAAAUGUCAAUGAAUGAUAUCAGCUGAGGUGCAUUGACUCCUAUUUAGUCACAAGUAAUUUCUAAGUGUGAUAAAAAAUGGUGCCUAGAUGGUCCUUAAUCAGUGCUCAUCCACACGUUAUGAACUUGUAUAUUUUAGUUUAUUUAUUAAAAAAUGAUCAUGUUUUUUGUCACUAAAAUCUUGUACAAUUGGUAGUAAUUUAAUAGAUAUACAUCUCUGUAUAAAUAUGACAUGACUUUAUAUGUGAGAGGCUGAGAGCCCAUUAC